CGAGUUUUUGAAUUUUUCCACGGACUGCAGUUUCUUACCAGUUUCACCUUUCAUCACUUGUCCCCUGGUUUACCAAUUCUCUUGAUCAAGAUUUUCAUGUACUAGUAUUUAAUUUGUAUGUGUCGAUCGAAUUGAAAACUCAACCACUUCAAGAUUCGUCCUUUUCCAACUCUCUCUCUAGUUUCUCUCAAGAUUUGGGCGCUCUGAAGUUUGGUGAAAGAAGUGUUAUUCUCGGAGCUCUUCACUUCUAUCCAAGUCAAGAUUAUCCCUUUCAUCUUUCUUGAAAUUUCAGGCUCUUGUACAAACCCAAGACAGAAUCUUUGGUUGAUCAAAAGUGCACCUUCCCCAACAAAACAUAGUGUAAUUUGAUCCAUAUUAUUUUCCCACUACAAAAUGUUUGGUCUUAAGAAAUCUCCCUUACAUAGGUUUUCUAAGCACAACUCAGCUGACUCUGCAUUUCCUGUUAGUAACCAUGCGAAUCCUUUUGAUUCGGAUGAUGAGUUGGAUAAUAAGAAAAUCCGUGAAGCUUCUGCAAGAACAUCGUCAGAACCCUCGCUUGUUGCGUCAAAUUUGAGCACGAAUCCUUUUGAUGACGAUGAAACUAAAGGAACCUCCUCAACUCAAUGGUCUAUUAAUUCAUCAGCAAGAAACAGGUACAAGAAUGAUUUCCGUGACUCUGGAGGAUUAGAGAACCAGACUGUGCAGGAAUUGGAAAGUUAUGCUUUAUAUAAGGCUGAGGAGACUACGAAGUCUGUCAAUGAUUGCCUCAAGAUUGCUGAGGAGAUGAGAGAAGAUGCUACUAAAACUUUGGUUACUUUGCAUCAACAGGGGGAGCAAAUUACUAGAACUCACAUGGUUGCUGCUGAUAUGGACCAUGACCUUAGCAGGGGUGAGAAGCUUUUGGGAAGCCUUGGGGGCAUAUUCUCUAAGACAUGGAAGCCGAAGAAGACUCGCCCAAUAACAGGGCCUUUAAUCACCAGAGACGAUGCAGUACAUAGGAAGGGUAACCACUUGGAGCAGAGGGAAAGAUUGGGGCUGACUUCUGCCUCAAAGGAAAUAUCACAUACACGCAAACAAUCUUCUGAACCCACCAAUGCUUUGCAGAAAGUCGAGGUAGAAAAGGUGAAACAAGAUGAUGCCCUUGCAGAUUUAAGUAAUAUUCUGGGGGAGCUAAAGGAUAUGGCUAUUGAUAUGGGAUCCGAAAUCGAAAGGCAGAACAAAGCUUUGGACCAUGUUCAAGAUGAUGUUGAAGUGCUAAAUAUUCGUGUUAAAGGUGCUAAUCAGCGUACCCGUCGUUUGCUUGGCAAGUAGGACACUCAAUCUGACAGCCCUGUGACGUUGGCUUCAUCUAUUGUGUAACUUUCCGUUAUGCUGUCUCUUGGCAAUUACCUGUUCAACCAACUCUCUCAGCUUUCUAUCCAUUCUUAGAAUUUGUUGCCUCCAUGUAGAGUUACUAAUUACAAGAUUCAAUAUAUUUACCUAUUGAUCGUCCUAAAUAUAGUUGAUGAUGGUUAUUUGUUUG